AUGGGCAGAGUGUCACGGACACAAAGGAACAAGAAAGGCGAGAGGGAGCCGCUCUUGCAUUUGCGGGCGUGGGCGCCUAUAUUUCCCUCUCUCUCUCUCGCUGUCAGCCCCGGUGCAAAACUAGCCCGGCUGCGAGUAAUUUUCGUCGUUCGUGAAUCGUCAUCGAGUGGCUUUUCCCCCUUUGGUACAAGCCAAAAUAGCCCCGCCAUCUCUCGACGACGAGGAUCUCUGCGUCACGUAUCGACUCCGGGAUUAGCAGCAGUGGCGAGGCAGUCUUUAAAUGGACGAGCGGUAGUGAAGCCUACGACGAAGCGGAAAGACGGUCCCGAGAAGCGCCCGAGGCUACCAUCCGGAGUAUGGAUCGUCCUGCACACCCUUGAACUGCGUCCUCGGUCAUCGUUCAGCGAGAGAUCGCGAUCACCCGGACGGCGGAACCUGCAAACACCGGAGAGCAAUCCAAGGGGGGCAGAUGCCCCCAUGCAAGCUAGGCUUUCGGAAGCGAUUAUUGACAGGUGGUGCGCCCUGGCGGUGGCUUCGAGUGUGAAUCGGCGCUGCGUGAGAAGCCGCCGCCGCAGUGUCGCGUGUCCGUUCGUUCGGGCCGCUCUCCUACUCCUCCGUUCUCGUCGUAACGCGAGUCUGGAGUCGUCCGCGAAACGUCGCGUUCGUCGAAAGAGUAUAUAUACAUCUCUCUCCAUCUCUCGCGCGCGUCCGUGCAUAAUCAGUUUCGACGGCUCGGAUCGUUCCUCGUCGAAUGGCUCCCGCGCGAAAUCAUCGCGCGACACAUACAUCAUCGCAUCGCGAGCGAAGGAGCGAGUGGACGAAGUGUGCGGUGUAGGAUAACUCGCGCGAGAGCAAUGGCGCGAUCGCCACGCGCCGCGGAAUCCACGACAAGGUGCGUGCGACGUAGAUGAUACGUCGGUCCUCCCUGCGUCCGUUCCUCGUGACAGUUGGCGGUGUUUACGCGCGAGCCUCCGCUGGAUGAUCGCCGCGACGAGGUAGCGAGCAGCUCGACGAAGCACGGACUCGCCGCGACUCGCGUCGUGAGC